AUGGAUAAACACACCAAUACUAUCCCUACAACUUGCACCACCAUUAUCGGCACCGAAUUAGCCAAUAUUGAAGAUGUACUCACUCUGAAGAGCCUGUCUGGCAAGGGAAAAUACACCCGGCUUUGUGAACAAUGGCUGGAACAGUUCUUGGAAGGCAAUAGCGGACGAGCACUGGUUGUCUCCUCCUGCACCUCCGCCCUGGAAAUGGCUGCCAUACUUGCUGAUAUCCAACCGGGCGACGAGGUAAUUGUCCCUAGCUAUACGUACGUGACAACUGUGAACGCAUUCGCGCUGCGGGGCGCCGUACCAGUGUUUGUAGAUUUGGAAGACGCCACGAUGAACAUUGACGCGAACCUUAUUGAAGAAGCCAUCACUCCCAAGACGCGAGCAAUCAUUCCCGUUCAUUAUGGCAGAGUCUCAUGCGACAUGGACAAAAUCAUGGAGGUCGCCAAGUGGCACAAGCUAUUCGUCUGCGAGGAUGCAGCCAUGGCGUGUAUGUCUACCUAUAAGGGGCAGAUGCUCGGCACUAUCGGCAACGUCGGCUGUCUCAGCUUUCAGGAAAAGAAGAACUUUACAGCCGGAGGUCAGGGAGGUGCCCUCCUAAUCAAUGACCCAGCGCUGGUCGAGCGAGCCGUGAUCCUCUAUGACCACGGGACUAACCGUUCGCGCUUUACGCGCGGUGAAGUUGAUCGCUACCAGUGGCUGAAUCUGGGGUUGAUUGCCACUCUUUCUGAGCUGCAGGCAGCGUUUUUGUACGCACAAUUACAAGCUGCGGAUUGCAUCAAUGCGCGCAGAAUGCAUAUCUGGAACCGUUACUUUGUCAGUUUGUUACCUUUGGUCCACAAGGGGUACAUUACUUUACCCCAUGUUCCUGAUAAUACCACCCAUAAUACGAACCGCCAGGAUAUGAUUCGGCAUAUGGCAAGCGCCGAUGUUCAGGUACAUCCACAGUUUAUGCCGCUACAUUCGUCUCCUUUUGGUAGGAGUUACAGUCGUUUUCAUGGAGAUGACCGUGUUACGUCACUUGCAAGCUCGCAGAUCUUGCUGCUUCCGGUGCAUUUGGCGCUGUCUGAUGAGACGCAGGAGGUUGUGAUCCGGAAGGUGUUUGUUUUUUGGGGUGAGAUAGCAGAGGGUGGCAUUUAG